AUGUCCCUACCCAAGUGUGACCCGCAGUGCUUCUCAUCGCCCCCCGCCUUCCGCAGCUCUCAUACCCAGCCACCAGGCGCGGUGCUGUACCAUGGGGAAGGUGUUUCCCAAGCACGCGCAGCUGGGACGGUCUCCACCAAUUACGUGGGCGAGUGGCUCGGUCUGAGGACAUGGGCAAGCAUCCCGCGGUCCUCAGCGUCCUGCCCGCCUAGUCCCCGCGGUGCAACGAUCGGGAUCGUCCAUGAGCAUUCCACCAAAGCACGCCAACGCCGGGUACCCAGGAUACAAGCCAAGCCUGGCGGGGGCGGGGCGCCUACCACACGGAGGCGCUGGGCGACACCAGCACGGCGAAUCAAGGACGAAGGCCUUGACAAACACCCGAUGCUCGGACGACAUAUCCUGGCCAUGUCACAUCCAGGUGAGUUGCGCAAAGUGUCAACAGGUCAGCAACUGGACGCGGCAAAGGGCGUGGACGAGGAUGCGUCCUGUGGUCUGUGGUGGUCGGCUGAGCACUCGGCCAGAAGCAACUCAGAAGCGCGUCGUGUCAGGGCGUUGGCUUGUGUGCCCGGCAGUCCAGCCGGUGAACGCUUGCCGGUGUGCCGAUACUGA